UGAUCACAUCCAGCCACCAGGAUAACUAACUUGGAGCCCAACAUGGAGCCCAACAUGGAGCCAUUGCCUUCAUCACCGGAAAGUGAUUAUACACCCGUGGAGCAAUACAUCAUUCGCAAUGCAACAAUUGCCUCUUACUGUGGAGAACCACCGGCCACCGGCUCUUUCACGCUCUUCCCGAGACUGCCCGCCGAAAUCCGCAUUCGAAUUUGGCAUCAUGCUAUCUCAGUCCCCCGGAUUGUCGAGGUAGAGGAAAUGGAUGACCCCCGUCGAAUAUCUGGCACUGUCGGAUUGUCCAAUGAACGUUGGAAAUUCAAAAACACGAACCCGCCCCCUCUUCUUUCUACUUGCAAAGAAUCGCGACAGGAGAUUUUGAAGGAAUACAAGAAUUACACGGACGUCACCAUGAGCAUUGCUGGCCCCGAAUGGAUUCGUUUCGACUGGGACAUUCUCUACCUCAAAAACUUGGACUUUGCUAAGAAUGGCUAUGGCUUCACCUUGCCCGGCCUCGAACGCAGUAUUCAACGCUGGAGGCCAGCGGAUAUAUUUGAUGCUAUAUUUGAUACUAUCACGGAAGAAAGUGACAAAUGGAUAGGUAGGCCUGAUCUUUUCCAGCAUGUCACAACGUUGGCCAUCAAUCGGGAAACAUUCUAUUUUGGUACAUAUGACGACUGCGAAUGCAUUAUCCGGCAUUUUUUCCCAAAUCUCUCAGUUCUCAUAAUCUUGAUCGGCAACGAUAUCAAUACUGAGCUUGAGUGUCGUAUCAAGGAGAAUGAUUUUGCGCCUUAUGACGUUGAUUGGGACAGACGUUUUCCUCGUUACGACGCCGUUCCUCCUGGUAAGGGGCCAUUUAACUACUUGACUGAGGUAAAUCGUCAUUACGGGGAGUAUAUCAUGGAAGAUGUGGAGACGCGAUUUUUAAGGGAGGAGGAGUAUGCAGGGUAUGCCACUCCAGUGAUCGAAGUUAUGGGAUGCGAUCUUCCACAUUGGGCGGACGUAGAUGAGUUUUGUUGGCCAGAUCCAUUUGGGCCCAAAUCUGAGGAGGAACCCCUCGAUGGCGAUGGAUGGUCAGAAGAUGAGAAGGCUUUAGGCUUUGAGGAUAUCACUGAGGGAGAUGAACCUAAUCUUGAGUCACCCGCAAAAGAAAGCGAUGUCUAGGUCGACAUGCAUGGAACUGUGCUACAACGAACGUUUACUUCCAACAGUACACGAGCCUAGGGUUCUUGGAGGAAGAAGACGCAGGGGAAAUGGAUAUAGAGGUUGCGGUUUGGCAUGAAUCUAUUCUGUCCCUCGACAUGAGAAUCCCCUUUGUACCUUUCCGGCGUGGUAGGAGAUUUGAGGUUCUAUCAUGAUCUACGAUAAUGAAGAGUAAUGUACUGUAAUUCUGAA